CUAGAGAGGAACAACAAGCUGCUGCUGCUUCUUCUUCCAGAAGUUUCUUCAGUCCAUGAAUCCUGAAAGUGUGUGACGGUGGAGCAGCAGUGAGUUGAACAGGUGAAGAUGGAUUCCACUGGAGAACAGCAGACAAAAGUGGAGUCUUCAGCGUCCAGCUGUGUGAGCAUGAGGAGUGACCAGUCCAGAGAUAACAAUCCAUUCUUCAGUAAUGAAAAUGAACAACAAAGAGGUCAGCAGCUCACAAAGAGAAUCCAAUCUUCCGCGUCCAGCGAUGUGUCCAUGAGGAGUAACCAGUCCAGAGACAACAACCCAUUCUUCAGUUCUGAAAAUGAACAGCAAAAAGGUCAGGAGCUCAAACAGAGAGUUCAGUCUUCAGCGUCCAGCUGUGUGUCCAUGAGGAGUGACCAGUCCAGAGACAACAACCCAUUCUUUGGUGCUGAAGAUGAACCAAAAGGUCAACAGCUCAAACAGAGAGUUCAGUCUUCAGCGUCCAGCUGUGUGUCCAUGAGAAGUGACCAGUCCAGAGACAACAACCCAUUCUUCAGUUCUGAAAAUGAACAACAGAGAAAAAGGAGGACUGAUGUUUGUGAUGAGGAGCUGCUGUCCUGCUGUUCUUUGUGUCAGGAGGUUCUGAGGAAUCCAGUAUCUACCAUCUGUGGACACUGGUACUGCAGGCAGUGCAUCACCUCAUACUGGGACCAGUCUGAUCCAUCAGGACUCUGCUCCUGUCCACAGUGUGGAGAGAAAUCAGGACGCAGAGAAGGACUACAGACCAUCAGUCAGAACAGAACUGCUCAAAGUAAAACUGAACAUUUUUUAGCAGAUGUUGGUCUGCAGGAGCUUUUAGAUGAACAUCAGAUCAGUGUGAAGAGGAGGCAUGAAAAUGCAUCUGAGGGAACUGAUGACACAGGAAGAGAAACUCCCCUCAAAAAGAUCUACACUGAGCUCUACAUCACAGCAAGACUGAGAGAAGAGGUUCAUAGCCAACAUGAAGUGAGGCAGCUUGAGACAGCCUGCAUAAUCAACUCCCCCCAUGAUGUUCCUGUCAGGUGUCAUGACAUCUUCAAGGUCCUAACUGACCAACAUGGACCCAUCAGAGUGGUUCUGACCAGUGGUGUUGCUGGAGUUGGAAAAACCUUCUUGGUGCAGAAGUUCACUCUGGACUGGGCCGAGGGCUUGGAGAACCAAGACAUCAGUGCAGUGAUUCCUCUUUCAUUCAGGGAGAUGAACUUGAUCAGAGAUGAGCAGCACAGUCUUCUCACUCUCAUCCAAGUUUUCUAUCCAACCUUCCAGAAGAUCACAGCAGAGCAGCUGUCUGUCUGUAAACUUCUCUUCAUCUUUGAUGGUCUGGAUGAAAGCAGACUUUCUCUGGACUUCAACAACAGUCAGGUGGUGUCUGAUGUCACUCAGAAGUCAUCAAUCAAUGUUCUUCUGACAAACCUCAUCCAGGGACAUCUGCUUCCCUCAGCUCUAAUCUGGAUCACUUCCAGACCUGCAGCAACCAAUCAGAUCCCUCCUUCAUGUGUCUCCAGGGUAACAGAAGUACGAGGCUUCACUGACUCCCAGAAGGAGGAGUACUUCAGGAGGAGAUUCAGUGAUGAAGAUCUGUCCAGCAGAGUCUUCUCCCACAUCAAGGCCUCCAAGAGUCUCUUCAUCAUGUGUAGAGUUCCAGUCUUCUGCUGGAUCACUGCUGUGGUUCUGGAGCACAUGAUGGCCACAGAAAAGAUAGGAGACCUUCCCACCACUAUGACUGACUUGUACUCACACUUCCUGAUAGUCCAGACAAAGAGAAAGAAGAACAAAUACCAACAGGAGCAUGAAGAGAAUCCACAGGAGCUGACAGAGGCUGACAUGGACGUUCUCCUGAAGCUGGGGAGGCUGGCCUUUGAACAUCUGGAGAAAGGAAACAUCAUGUUCUACCAAGAAGACCUGGAGCAGUGUGGUCUGGAUGUCACAGAGGCUUCUUUGUACUCUGGAGUUUGUACUGAGAUCUUCAGAAGAGAGUGUGAGAUCUUCCAGAAAGCAGUUUACUGCUUUGUUCAUCUGAGUGUUCAGGAGUUUCUGGCUGCAGUUUACAUGAUCCACUGUUACAACAACAACAAGUCAGAGGUGGUGGAGACAUUUCUGUUGGAUCAAACAGAAAAUUCAUCUUCAAAUAAAUCUUCCUUAACUUUGAUAGACUUUUUGAGCAACAUGUUGAAGAAAUCCCUACAGAGUCAAAAUGGUCACUUGGAUCUGUUUGUUCGUUUUCUUCAUGGUCUUUGUGAGGAGUCCAACCAGAGAUUGUUAGGGAGCCUUUUGGGUCAAGCAGAGAAUAGUCCAGAAGACAUCCAGACAGUCGUUGAUAAUCUCAAAAAAAUGAAAACAUGUGAAAUAAAUCCCGACAGAGGCAUCAACAUCUUCCAGUGUCUGAUGGAGAUGAAGGACUUCUCAGUUCAUCAGGAGAUGCUAGAGUUCCUCAAGUCAAUGAACCCAUCAGGAAAGAACCUCUCAGAGAUGCACUGCUCAGCUAUGGCCUACAUGCUGCAGAUGUCAGAGGAGGUAGUAGAUGAACUGGAUCUGAACAAGUUCAACACAACACCUUUAGGUCGUAUAAGACUGAUCCCAGCGGUGAGGAACUGCAUGAAGUUCAGGUUCAACUCAAGAUCACUAGUUGGAAAACCAAAAGACAGCCCAUGCCCUAAUGUGCCUGAACCACCUGACCUUUAUUGGGAUAUUGUGGCCUCAGCGCUGAAGUCCAACCCCUCCCAUUUGACAGAAAUGGAUUUGAGUGGGAGCAACCUGCAUGAUCUAGCUGUGAAGUACCUGUGUGAAGGACUGGAGAGUCCAAACUGCAAACUGGAAGUUCUAAGAUUGAAGAACUGCAGAAUGUCAAAGGUCAGCUGUGAUCUUCUGGUCUCAACUGUGAAGUCCAACCCGUCCCACCUGACAGAACUGGAUCUGAGUAAGAACAAUCUGCAGCGGUCAGACGUUCAGCAGCUCAUUGAUCUGUUACAGAGUCCAGACAGCAAACUGGAGACUCUGAGGUGGCUCUGAUGGUCUGUCAGAUGAAGCAGCAGUUUGACUGCAGAUGUUCUGCUGCUGAAAGAGGAGAGGGGAGUGAUGGAGGAGUCAGAGGAGAAGUUUCAGAGUUUAAUGUGAACUCUGACGUAAGAUCAGUUUUUUUUUAAAUAUAUUUCUUUUGAAUCGGCUUCAAGCUUUUGUUUCCAUUUAAACCUGUAGUUUUAGGCUCCGAAAAUACUUUAGCGAUAAAAAUGAAAGACAAAAUGUUUGGGAAAAAGGAUUUAGUUACAUUCCUCACAGAUUACAUAUUGUCUUAUCAGUUUAUCAAGCUGAAAUCAACAAACUGAUCUUUUUCUUACAUUUAGGUCAAGUUUAGCUCCUGUUAGUCAGAUUUACUUUCUUGGAGUGGUUAUUGUUUUGUGUUUAAUGUUUGUUUUUUUAUGUUUUGUGUACACUGUCUUCUUCUGGGGUGAACUGAGAGGUAUUACUGUCUUUAUCAGUUUUCCAACAAAUAUUUGAUGAUAAAAUAAAGGCCUUUUGCAGCAUCCUGUGCUGCAUAAGGCCUUUAUAAUUCAUAAGGCCCACAGCAGCCUGAGCUGUUAACGUUUAUUUUAUUUUUUUUUUCGCUAAAUAACUUAAUUAGAGACAAAAUACAAGUUCCUUAACUGUUGAAAACUGGUUAACUUAUCCAACUGAGGCGUGAAAUAUUGAAUGAAUGAAUUAAUAUUUUAUUUAAGUGUCAUGUGUAAUAUUAAUAAAACGUAAAGGAACUUAAGGGAAACCAAAAAUAGACAAAGCUGAAACUGUUAAGUAAAAGUUUAACAAAUAAAAACAAGAAAUUUGCCUCAUACCAUGAUAUGAACCAGACUAAGCAUGCUUCGAUGUCAGCGGACAAAGGUAUGACAAUAUCAGGAGAGCCAUGAACUUACGGUCAAUAUCAAUGAAGAGAAAUACACCGACGAUGUUUCUCGGUUUAGACCAGAGUUAAUUUCGUUGAUGAAAAAUUUUCGUCAACGACAUUUUUCACCCGAUGAAAACAAAACAAAAACUCCCGCUCAGACACAAUGACUUUAACUAAAUUGAUCGUCAUUUUCAUCAACGAAUGAAAAUGAAACCUAAGUGCUCUUCAAAGACGACAUCCAAUCAUAACGACUGCUAGUGGAGAAGGGCGGGAGCAAAUGGAAAGCGAUCCAAUCAGAAUAUAUAGCCCUUCAGCCCUCCGGGAAGACGCUAAUUCAAUGAAUUGUGUCUGUGAUAUCGGUGAAAAAUGUCUUCUCGAGGUACAAAAAGAAGAUAUAAAUAUAUAUAGGGACACAUUUUACAUUUAAAGCAACCCUCAAACAGAUUAUCUGAAAUAGUUGUUUUAAGGGGUUACUCUAGCCAAGCUAAUUAGCGCCAGUACUGCGCGGGGGAGGAGCGCUUUUCUUCACGUGAGUGAAGCUCUGAAGCUCAGAGGUUUACAUUUAAAUGGAAGUAAUACUUGUUUUGUUUUAGCAUGACGUUUGUAAAGUUAUAAACCGAUGUUGUGUAUUUUUGAGCGCUAGCAGCUCCGCUGCUUCUUUAGAUCAACAAGCAGUCACCGUUUUAAUGUCCUACUCCAUUACGUCUUACAUGAUAACAGCCCUUUAUUGGCUGGUCGUGGUAUUACAAUUCACCACACAUGCUGGUCACGCAUAUAUUAAAGGCUCACAUGCCUCCCAAAUAGCAAAUGACAUGUGUUGGGAUAGCUUACUCUAUCUAUAGUGAGUGUUUUUUUUUUUCAUGUUCAGACAUUUAUUAUAAAUAGGAUGGAAAUUUAUUUGAAUGUGUUUUAAGUUGUAAAAGCAAGUUUGGAAAGCAAAGUGAAGUAUUUUUUUUAACUAAAUAGUAAAAACACUGUGUGUUACUCAUAUGAUCAUACUUAGUAAAUUUAAUAAAAAUGCUUUACCGUUACUCUAACUUUUUGUCGACUAAAUAUCUACUGUAAUUUAGUCAACAAAAAUUUGACCAAAAUGAAUAGUAUCUACAUGACUAAAUUGUGACUAAAACUAAAUCUUACUUUAGUUAAGAGACUAUGACUAAAACUACAUUAAAAUUCUCCGUCAAAAUUAACGCUGGUUUAGACCCGGAGACAGCACUUGAACAAGUAGACGUGUUUUUCUGGAGAAAUCACUUAGAGAUAUGGGUUUCAAAAAUGUCUCUGCCAUAAUUUUUCCCUUUUGGAGCGAGGCACGUAACAGGAAGAUGUCAUAUCCUACAUAUGUGUGCUCUAAGUAUCGAGUUGCUGGCAGAACAAAUAAGAGGUGACCCUUGAGUACAGGGAUUAAGGGAUGAUGCAAAUAUCCAUUAUUUGCUUGCACUCUUUGCAGAUGACAUCCUACUGUUUGAUGUAAACCAGGGCAACUCUGUCCCUGCCUAAAUGAAUACAGCAGUGUCUCAGGAUACAGAAUACAGGAUGCUAGCCCACCACAAAAGCUAAGACAGAUCUAUUUGAUAGAGUUUUGACUGCCCAACUUGAGAUAAAAAAUGUACAAAUUUUCCCAAAGAUGGUCAACUCUUUGGGGAAGAAUUUAGUUUGGUCCCUAAAUGUAUCUGUUAUACUACCUCCAUUCUAUAUCCGUAUUAAGUAUUGUUCUUUACUUGCUACAAUAGUCCAAUGUUAACAUAUAUUUCUGUUUCUUAGUUAUAAUUGCCUGUAUUUUUUUCAUC